UAUAAGAGACAGUUCUAGAAGUGACCAUGGAUAUUGGCCUGUCUUUGCAGACGAUCUUUUUGUUUACUAUCUACACGCAGAUCUUCGUUGCACAGCGUGUGGUAAUGGGCUCGCUAUGGCAAUGAUGUUACCUUGUGGUUGUCGGUAUUGUUUUGUUUGUAUUCCUGGCAAUAGGGGUGGUGUUCGUGUUUGUUUGGGUUGUGGCAGAGAGUCUGUCAACUCAGGUCUGCCAGAUCAUCAUGCUCGAAGGAUGAUGCAAGAGCAAGUCAUCAGAUGCAUAAACUAUAAAAGGGGCUGCACUGCGCAGUUCAUGGUUACACAUUUGACGCAGCAUCUGAGAAAAGAGUGCAAUUUAAAUUCCAGUCUUUAUUACCAAAAAGAUGUCAGUGAUAUUUCACAAGAUCAUGAUACACCAUCCGAUAAUGGUAUUUUGGAGUGGAACGUUGAAAACGUAUCAGAGGCUAGGACGAUUGCCUGCGUAAACAAAGGAACAGGCUACCAGGACAGCCCUUCAUUUUACAGCUCAAAAAACGGUUAUCUUAUGGGCGCCCGCCUUUACCUCAAUGGAGAUGGCAUGGGAUGGAACUCGCAUGUAUCCAUUUUUAUGUACAUUAAGAGGGGAAAGAAUGAUGACAGCUUGGAAUGGCCAUUCGAUCUUUAUACAACUUUCGAAAUAUUGGAUCAAGAAGCACGACGAGAGAAUAUAACUGAUGGUUUUCCGGCAUCUCCCACGUCGAACAGUUUUUAUAAGCCAAAGAAGGAUAGAACUAAAAACAUUCCGACUGGAUGUCCAUUGUUUGCUCCAAAGGAAAUCUUGGAUAAUCCAAAAUAUGUGAAAAAUAAUACUCUCAUGAUUCGGGUUAUUGUAGGCCCAAAACAGUAAGACAACAUAACAUAACACAAAAAAGUUUCAUCCAGGCUAUCAAAACCAGGUUUGUCUGCAGUCAAGUUGAAAUAUGUUAAUUCUUGUUGGAGGGCUGAUGGGAAAAUAUUAGAACGGUUUAAAUACUUGUAUGUCAUGAAUGAUGUUGGUUGGAGUAUUUGUCAUAGAUUUAGACUUUUAUCUUCAUUUAUAGGACUAACUCAAUAACAUUUUUAACUAUACUUAAAUACGAACGCCGACAAAUUCAUAAAAACUUUGGCUUAUGAGCUUGAAACAGUAUUUAGAUUUAAUUAAUAGUAAAAUUCAUUUUACAUUGAAAUACAUUAGCAAGGUCCGCUCAUAAAUGAAUAACAUAAUAACAACAUAACAAUAUCUGGUAAUAAGCUAUUACCACCACCCCGGUAUUCCUUAGUCAAUGUUUUGGGGUUUGAAAUUUAAUAUUUCGAUUGUACAGUAGGCCUAUGGCUUAAACUAUUACAGUACUAACGAAAAA